CAGAAGCUCAACGUUUCACCGUGCUCAGUUCUCAGUGCUUUCUUCCGUCUUGAUUGCUUCGUUAAACUGAAUCCCCGCCGUCUUCGUGCCCGCUAGCAACGAACGGAGAAUGGGCGAAGAAGCGCCAUGGCCAUCUUGCUUACGGCCCUCGCGCUCACGGUACGCAGUGUCGGCCGCAGAAAUCGCCGUUAAAUUGCCAGUCUCCGAGUUCGCCGUGGGAUUGGAAGAAUGUCGCUGGAGCUUCUGCGAUGUGUCAGUGUGUGGGAAAGUGGAUGACUCGCAGAAAGCGGAGUGGAUUAGCUGCCACCGUAUCGUGCUGAUGGCGCGUAGUGCCUUGUUUCGACGCAUGCUGUCGUCGCCGAUGCAGGAAUCGAAGCAGGACAAAAUCCCACUGGAUGGUGUCACCCAUAAUUCCCUAAAGCAGCUGAUCAGCGCCAUGUACAGCGGCGAGAUCACCGUGAACGGGAGUAAUGCCCUGUACCUCCUGCAGGCGGCCGACUACGUGGGAAUGCAGACUGUCAUGGAGGCAUGUAAGGCCUUCCUGCUGCAAAACGUGGGCCUUCAAACUGGUUGACCAUCUACCGGGGCGCGCAGCAGCUGUCCUGCCGGGAUGUGGCCGAGGAGUGCCUGGCCUUUGCCCUGGAGCAUUUCUUGUCCAUCAGCAAGUCGGACCAGUUCAUGUUGGAUGGGACUAUCGCGGAGAUCAGUACGCUGAUUCAGUCGCGGCAGCUGUUCGUGGCCACCGAAGACCAGGUGGCGCAUGCUGUGCUGAGCUGGCUGAAUCAUUCAUCCGGCCGCCACCAGCACGCGGCGGCGCUGUUCGC